CCUCCCCAAGCCACUCCUGCCGGGGGUGAGAGGUCAACGUCGAAAAGGCUCCGGAUGAUGGCGGAAGAAGCGCUGCGAAGUGCCCCGAAUCGGCACAGACGCUUAGGAAACAAACAAUCUUUAAAAAAUGAAGAUGCUGCUGAAAGGAAAGCAGCACUUGAAGCUGCUAUUAGGAAGAAAAUUGAGUGUGAGCGGAAAGCAUUACAGGUUGUUGAAAGCCUGUUGGAAGAUGACAUUACUGAAGAAUUCUUUGUGGAUUGUGGGAGGCUUAUAACACCUUCUCACUAUCAGGAUGUUGUGGAAGAACGAUUUAUCAUCAGGCUAUGUGGCUACCCUGUAUGUCGAAAUAAGCUACAGAAUGUACCAAAACAAAAGUACAAAAUUUCCACAAAAACAAACAAAGUUUAUGAUAUUACUGAAAGAAAGUGCUUUUGCAGCAACUUUUGCUAUAGAGCAUCAAAAUACUUCGCGGGCCAAAUUUCCACAAGUCCAGUGUGGCUUCGAGAAGAAGAAAGACCACCAACUAUUGAGCUGCUAAAGAAAGGGGCAAGUGGCUACUCUGGGAAGGAAAUAAAAUUAGUCAGUGAAAGAAUAAAAGCCUUAGACAUUGAAAACCCCAUUCCAGCAGCAAGCCAUAGUGACUCUGGCUCAGGCAGUGAGAGCAACAGUGAUGCUGAACAAGAGUUUGUUUCUUCUGUACUGCAAGAGAAUCUUCCAAAUACAGAGAAGUUGGCUGGGAAACCCUUCAAGAGCAUCCUCAAAAAAAGUGCCACCAAGAGAGCUGAACCUAAGCUAUUCACUACAGAGGAUACAGUUGAUGAGACUUCAGCCCAAGUAAAUAGAGACAAAUUAGAUGUUCUACAAGAGGAACAUGUUUUUCCUGAUAAUAUCCAGGUGGAAAGACCUUGCCAUUCUCAGAAUGCUCUUGAAAAUGUACAGGUCUCUGAAGACUUUGGAAAUAACUCUGGCUGCUCCCAAGUAGUGUUCCUGGGGGUGAGUCAAAAAGGGGCAGACCAGUUUAAAAGAUUACUUGCUAAAUCAAAACAGUCUAUCAGAAGUCCAGCAGACUCCAUUGCUGCCAAAGAUAGCUUACUAGAGAGCCUCUGGCAGACAUUUACUGAAUGGAGAAGUGAAGAGACACUAAAGCUUCUCCAUGGCUCUGAUAGCACCACCAGUCACAUACUGCGGCACACUUUGCCAAAUGACUCUGAGAAGGAAGAGCUUGAUGAAGAUGAUUUGGAAAGUGCUAAUGAUAGUGAAACUGUACCCCAGAGACACACUUUGCCUUGCCAGGGCUCUAGGAUGGCAGUCAAACCUUUACCUAGCUAUGAAAAAUUGAAAAAAGAAACAUUGCAGUUGGAGUUAAAGGUGGAGGAAUUUUACCAAGGAAAGUUCACUGUUAUUGAAGAGAAGGAUUUGGCAAUGCAAUCAGGAAGGGAACAACAGUCUGGGGAAUCUCAGGACAAUGAACAGUGGGCUCCCACUUUGCCACUUGUAGAUUCUAAAGCUCAGCAGCAGAUACGGACACGGAUUGUGCUUGAGAAGCUGCAAAAAGCUUUGCCUGCUGUUUUGGACCCUCUUAAGAUUCCUCUUGGUGAAGUUUAUAGUGAACUGAGAAACCUUGUAAAAACAUUUAGGUUGACAAAUACAAAUAUAACUCACAGAGCUCCAGUAUGGACCUUAAUUGCCAUUGUGCUAUUGUCUGUCUUGUCAGAAAAUAUUCCUGUUUUUGCACAUUCUCAGCAGAAUAAAGGAUAUACACAGUUCCUUGCUACCUUGCUUGAAGAAUUAUGUAUCAAAACUGAAGACCUGGAAAGUUUAACAAAAAUAUUCAGAAGUGGUUGUCUUCCUCACUGAAUAAGAAGAUCAUCUUACGUGUCUCCCUUGACCAGAGAUUGGAUUAAUGUUUCACAACGGAAUUUAUCAAACAAAUAGAAGUUCUUUUUGGAUUAAAAAAUACAGACCUUUAAAAAAAACAAUAAGAACUUUAGUUGUGUUGUUUUGUUUUGUUUUUAUAAAUUUAAUUUUUCAACUUUAGAUUGAACUUUUUCAAGUUGAAGAACAACUCUGCCAUUUUUAAUUGUUGUACCAAUAGAAUGUCAAAUAAUUUGUGUAUGCAUGUAUCUUUAAUUUCUCAAGCAAAUAUUGUAUCAUUUGAUGUAUCAUUUUCACAUAUGUUGAUUGUUUGAGUCCUGAAAAAUCAGAUGCAUUGGAACUGAAAUGCCUUUUCAGUUUUCUUAACAAAAAGACAUAAUUUCAGUCAGUUGCAAAAUAAUAUAAUCAGAAACUAGUCUCAAUUUUAAAUUAUUCUCAAUGGAUUGAGAAGUUGGAGAGGUCUUUGUUCACAUGAACGAGUGAAGCAUUACUCCUCAAAGAUCUGAGGAAUCUACACCUUCCCAAAGCUUGGCGGGUCUCCUUUAAGGAUCUUCUGAGGUUGCCUGCAUGCACCAAAGAUAUUUUUGCUUUAUGACCCCAUUAAUUUAUCUUCCUUGGUUUUAAGAUUCAUGAUUUCCAUCUUCAGAACCAGUGCACAGUUCAUUCCAGGUUUAUCUUUCACGUAUCAAUCAUAGAGCUAGAACAGGCUUUGGAAGUCAAGUGGUCCAGUAUAUCACAGUGUGCAAUUGACUGUCCAGACUUCUGUUCAAAUAUUUCCAGCAAAAAACGGUACAAGCUUCCAAGAUAGUCCCAUUUUUAAAGUGUUUGUUUUGUGUAAAGGUUUCUCCUAAGGUUUAGCCAAUGUCUACUUCCCUGCAGUUUUAUUAUGGAAUAUCUAGCAGAUCAUGGGAAUAUAGAGGAGGCAGCAAAACAGUUAAGGGAGGAAAUAGACCCCUUAACUAUAAUAUAAGUUGAGUGGAUAUAAGUUGAGUGGAGAAUUACUUUGGUAGGCUUUCAGGAUUCUGUUACAAUUCCUUACCAGCAAUAGAGAACUUUCCAGAAAUCCAUGUAGGUUUUGUUUCCUGAUCGUGCCUGCCAUGAAAAGGCUUGACAAGUUUUCAACAACUGAUUCUUGUCUUACCUUUUGAAACCAUAUGUGAUUGCAUUUAUAAUAUUUGCAUUUAGACCAGCUGCAUCUCAGUUAAGUUUGUCAGCAAAGCCACAGUGUCAAUUCUUCUACAGGUGCAAAGCGAGCUUCUCCAUUGCAGAACUUCUGAAUCUGGCACCUUUAUUCUAGAUAAUCUUCCUAUUCAGAGGUUAAGCCCCAUAAAAAUGAUGGAAUUUACUCAAGAUUGCUACUUGAGUAUAGUGGUUAAGAUCCAUUAAAGUGCAAAAUAAGGUGGUUUUUGUCAACUCCAAACUAUUGAUUUUCACAGGUUUAUAUUGUUACAUUUCCUGUUAGCUUAGCAGUAUGAUUUUUACAGGUUUAUUUUAGGCCUGCUCUUUAGUGCUUAAUCUUUGAAAACAUUUGAACAUUUACAAAAUGUACAUUGCUUGUAAUGUUUAAACGGCUAGAUUUGCAAGAUGCAUUGUGACAGAAUUGCACAUUUUAAUCCCCACCCUUUCCCCUUGCUUAUCAUUGGAAAAUUAACUUGAUCCUUUCUAGCUCCUAUAGAUGGUGUGUGCAUCUGUGUGUGUUAGGUGUUUGUUUUUCAGCACUCUCCUCGUAAAAGCCAGAGACAUCAUUUGAAGUACCAUUUAAUUUUACCAUGUGAAAAGGUAGAAGUUCAAAUAUAGCCUAUGAUUUUUUUCUAAGUAGGAAAUCUCCAUUUAUUCUUACUCAGUAUAGGCAGAAAAUGGAAGGCUUUUUUGGCUAUACAUCAUAAAUAGAGUUAUUAAUAGUAUAAAAGUUAUGUAUGUAUUAACUUUUUCUUUGCUAUAGUUGUAGUUUGAUUAGAUCCAAACAGGCUAUGAUUAGGUGACUAGAUAGAAGAUAACCAUGUGGGGCGAUACAAAAAAAAUCUCUCAUUUAAAGCAGGGGUGGGCAACUUAGGGCCUUCCAGAUAAUGCUGAAACAUAUUCGGCACGUUUGACGCCACUGCUCCAUGAGCUGCAUUGGCUACCAGUUUGCUUCCAGGUGUAAUUCAAGGUAGUAAUUCAAAGUAGUCACCUUUAAAACCCUUCAUGGGUUGGAACUGGGUUACUUACAGAAGCAUCUCUCCCAGUUGUUUCUACCUGUCCUACCAUAUUUUCUUGGAAAAAAUAAAGGACAAACCUGAAAAAGGGGCAAA